AUGAAGUUCCCAUACUCCACGAACAGCUACCUCGAAGCUAGGAACCAUGUGCUCAUGCAGUGGCAUGCAAAUGCCUCAGCCCUCCUCACAGAGGAGCAAUGCGUAGCCACCGCCCCGGAGCACCUGUCCCUCACACGGGUGAGAGAGGCCUUUCAGUUCCUGGACCGACAGGGCAUCAUCAACUUUGGGCUGGUGCGGAGUCUAGAGGACGACAAACCAGCCGCAUGGGUCGCGACGGUGGUGGAUGAAGCCGCGGUGUCCUUCACUCUGCACGAGCUUCUGGCUUCAGCCGAUCUACAGACUGUCACUGAGAAAUCGCUGAGGCAGCAGCUGGCCGAGAAGCUGGAGACCGACAUGGGUCCCUACAAGAAGUUCAUCAGGGCCCUGGUGGGCGAUUAUCUAGAACGCGGUGGCCCCCCGCCCGAGUUCUUGGCCAAGCAGGCCGCCCUCUCCGCCGCAGCCGCGGGCCAGGCGGCGGAAGCGGCAUCCAAGAAGAAGGUGAUCGUCAUUGGAGCGGGGCCGGCGGGGCUCACUGCUGCGUCCCAUCUCCAGAGGCACGGCGUGGAGGUGGUGGUGCUGGAGGCCCGGGACCGGGUGGGGGGCAGGGUGCACUCCUUCCAGGGUCACGGCCUGCGCGCCCCCGUGGACCUGGGCGCCUCCAUCGUGACUGGCACGGCGCCGGACGUGAAGUCGGGCCUGCGACCCGACCCCUCCACCCUGCUCCUCCGCCAGCUGGGCCGGGACCUGCACACCUUGUCCCGAGACCUGCCCCUCCACGACGGGCCCGACCCCGUGGAUGCGCAGCUGGACGCGCGCAUUGAGCGGCUGCAGAACCGACUGAUGGACGACGCGGCGGCCGCGCUGGCAGACAUGCCGGAGGCGGCCAGCGCGUGGCUGAGCUAUGGCGCCCUGCUGGAGCGCGCGCUGCGUCAGCGUGAGGCGGAGGGGACGCUGUUUGGCAGCGACGACGAGGAGGAGGAGGAUGCGACGGGGGGUGCCAAGAGUGUAGGUGGCGACGCCAGGGAGGCAGGCGCCAGGGAUGUGCCAGAGGCCGAGGGCGGCGCACCUGGACCUUCAGGAGCAACCAGACACCCUGCCGAGGUCGACGCCGAGGCCGCGGUGCGGACCUGCAUGCAGGCCAUGCUGCGGGCUGUGGAAGGGGCGGAGGACGGCGCUGAGCCUGGAAGCCAGACCCCCAGGCGGCGGGUCGGGCCCCGGCACACCCUCCUGCCCGAGGAGCGGCGGCUGCUCGAGUGGCACUGGGCCAACCUGGAGUACGGCUGCUCCGCCUCCCUGUCAGAGAUAUCGGCGCGGCACUGGAACCAGGACGAGGAGUUUGGGGGAUUUGGAGGCCCGCACUGCAUGGUCCCCGGCGGCUAUGACGCCGCCUUCCGAGUGCUGGCCGCCGGCCUGCCGGUGCGCCUGGGCUGCGCCGUGGACGCAGUGGCUGACGCGGCGGACGGGGCGCGCGUGUCUGUGCGCGUGGCAGGCGCCCAGGAGGAAAGACUGGAGGCCGACGCGGUGAUCGUGACUGUGCCGCUGGGCGUGCUCAAGGCCGGCGCCAUCGCCUUCAGCCCCGCGCUGGCGGCCUGGAAGACGGCGGCCAUCCAGCGGCUGGGCUUCGGCUGCCUCAACAAGGUGGUCCUCCAGUUCCCCCGCAUCUUCUGGGACAACGGCCUGGACUAUUUUGGCGGUGUGGCGCCGGCGGGGGAGCAGCGCCGCGGCCGCUGCUUCAUGUUCUGGAAUCUGGCGCGGCACAACGGCGGCGUGCCCCUCCUCUCCUGCCUGGUCUCUGGCGCGGCGGCGCGCCGCCUGGAGGCCGACAGCGACGAGGAGGCGGUGGCCGUCUCGCUGCGCGCGCUGCGCCGCCUAUUCCCCGGCGAAGGGACGGUGCCCGACCCGGAGGCGAGCGUCGUCACGCGCUGGUCCGCCGACCCACACGCCCGUGGCAGCUACUCCUACGUGGCCGUUGGGGCCAGCGGCAAGGACUACGACGCCCUGGCCGCGCCGGUGCGGCGCCGCAUCCUGUUUGCCGGGGAGCACACUGCACGCGCCCACCCCGACACAGUGGGCGGUGCCAUGCUCUCGGGCCUGCGGGAGGCUGUGCGGGCGCUGGCGCUGUUGGACGGCAGCGAGGGCCUGGAGGACUACCUGAGCAUGCAGGAGCCGUCGACCAAGCGGGCGCGCCUGGACAGCUCCCAGCAGGCAGAGCUGGAGGAGCGCCAGCUGGAGCUGGUGCUGGGGCGAGACGUGGCCCGGCGCAUGGACGAGCAGCGCGCGAGAGAGGCUGCCCGGGCUGAUCAGAAGGUGGUGUGGCGCGCUAUCCUGCUCGCCUCCGGUGGCGACGUGAGCUCCCUGGCAGACCUGCUGCACUCCACCGGGGGCGCUGCCGGGCGUGUCGCCCUGGCGCAGUGCCUCCGGCAGGCGGACGCACGUGCACGGGCCGCCGUGGCUGCCGAGCCCGAGGUCCUCUCCAUCCUCCACAGCUGGCUGGAGGAUUCGGUGGGCAACUCCCUGCACACGCCGGUGCUGGAGGCGGUGCUGCGCCUGCUGCAGGCCCUUCCCGUGGGCGCCGAUCUGCUGCGCUCCACCGGCCUGGCCACCCUGGUCGCGGGGCCGCGCCUGCGGCGGCACUCUGACUCCGAUUCCAACGGCAAGGGCGCCGCGUGGCUGAGCCGGGCCGAGCCACACGACGUGCCCUCGCUGGUGGAGUCGGUGCUGCGCCCCAUGUUCAAGGCGGGGCGCAUCUCCAAGGACCAGUACAAGGACAUCGCGCGCAAGGCGGUGGCGCGCCUUGCGCGCGAGAAGGUGAGCGCGGGCGAGCAGUUCCUCACGCCUAAGCGUAGGGCCAAGGUGGCCGACCUGAUCGAGCGGUAUGCCGCGCAGCGCAUGUGA